AGCGCGGAGCGGCGGCGGCGGCUGGGCUCGCUCGGGAGUCGGCCCCCGGCGGCAGCAGCAGCAGGUGGUGCCAUGCGGGACUGCCAUGGGCAAUACUCCUGAUCUGAAUUGAUGGAUCCAACAGAAGCUAAAUGAACAUGAGAUGCCUGUGUAGGGGAUUUUACCAGCAAUUGUACUAAAUACUUCACUGCUGAACCAGUUGCUCAGGUACCUUGGCUGUCUGAUGCUAUGGGAGAUUGGAAGACUAUUACAGUGCCAGCACUGUCAUCAGCUAGCAAAAUCACUUAUCAGAAUACCUCAGAAAAAAAGAUGUCCCCCUCAAGUUUAAACAUGCAACAAGUGCUACGCUCGCCACUGCCUUCGUACAAAAAUAUGCACAGCUUUUUCAGUGCCUUCUGCACAGAAGAGAAUGUUGAACAGAGUAUCUCCUAUCUUAACAGGGAGUUGACAACAUUAGGUUUCCCGUCUCUUUAUUCGGAGUGCAAAGAUAAAGAAUUAAAUGUAGUAUCGGUCUUAAAUUGUAUGAAUGAACUGCUUGUACUCCAACGCAAGAACCUCCGAGCUCAGGAAGAGGUGGAAAUCCAGCAUCUGAAAUUGGGUAGUGAUAUGGACCACCUGCAGAACUGCUAUGCUAAAGUAAAGGAGCAACUGGAAGCUUCUAGAAGGGAAAUAGUGGGACUUCAAGAAAGAGACAGACAACAGCAAUGUAAGAACAGAAAUCUGCACCAGUUACUUAAAAAUGAAAAAGAUGAGGUACAAAAAUUACAAAAUAUUAUUGCAAGUCGUGCUACUCAGUACAAUCAUGAUAUGAAGAGGAAAGAAAGAGAAUACAACAAACUAAAAGAGCGCUUACAUCAACUAGUCAUGAACAAAAAGGAUAAAAAAAUAGCUAUGGAUGUUCUAAAUUACGUAGGUAGAGUUGAUGGGAAAAGAGGUGCUUGGAGAACUGGUAAAACAGAAGCCAGGAAUGAAGAAGAAAUGUACAAAGUUUUGUUAGGUGGCUAUGAACAACGCCAAAAACAGCUUCUAGUGGAAAAUGCUGAGCUCAAGAAAGUUCUUCAGCAAAUGAAGAAAGAGAUGAUUUCACUUCUCCCACCACAGAAACAGAAACCUAAGGAAAGAGCUGAAGAUGGCAUUGGGCCUGUACUAUCAGACAUGGAGGAAGAUGCUGUAGAAUUAAAUAAAGAGAAUAUGUGGGAACUUUCUUGUGAAACUGUGCGAGAACAGCUUACCAACAGCAUUAGAAAGCAGUGGAGAAUGCUGAAAAAUCAUGUUGAAAAACUGGAUAACCAAGUGUCACGUGCGCAUUCAGGGGCUUUGAAUGGCAGCGAUGUAAUUUCAAGAGAGGACCAUGAACUGGAAACUGAAAAGUUAGAAUUAGAAAUUCAGCAGUGCAAAGAAAUGAUCAAAACUCAGCAACAACUAUUACAGCAGCAGCUUAUGUCUCCAUGUGAUGAUGAUGAUGAUACCUCUAUGUUACUACAGGACUGUUAUUUGUUGGAAGAAAGAGAGCGCCUCCAGGAAGAAUGGAAACUAUUUAGAGAACAAAAAAAGAACUUUGAGAGAGAGCGAAGAAGUUUUACAGAAGCUGCUAUUAGAUUAGGACUUGAGAGAAAGGCAUUUGAAGAAGAUAGAGGGGCUUGGCUGAAGCAACAGUUUUUGAGCAUGACUUCUGAUCACAAGAACUCUGAACAUGUGAAAACUCAAAGUGCCUACUCAGGAAGUUCUGACCCAGACAAUCAGCUAAUGAACUUCAGGUCUUGGCAAAAGAAACCUCACUGCUUGCCUAGUGUACCUCUUUCAGAGGAACUUUGCCAGACAAUUCAGCAUAUCCCACACAACAGCAAUUCGAGUGUUGUAUUGAAUAAAACUACUGAAGACAGCAAGCCAAAGCAAUGGAAGGGACUCAACAAAGCAGAAACUGAAUAAUGCAUCAAGACCUCAGUCACAGAAGAUUUCUAAAGUUCAUGUUCUCUGUUAUAUAGAUAAACUGCCUUAGACUUUC